UGCUGCAUCCCUUACUUGGCAGCGGAGAGGAAGGGGAGGUGGAGAGAGAGGCAAGCCUCUGUAACCUUGGCAACGCAGAGAGUGGAAGCAACAAUCCCCACCCUGCUUAGGAUGCUGGAGAGGAAUUUGUUUUCCGCUUUGAGAAAAGCCAGCCGCGAAUUAGGUGGCUGCAGCUGAGGGCUGGCCUUGCUGCUGGAUCGAGCGCCUUUGCCUUUCCCUUCCUGAAUGGGAGGGCCUCCGUUUCUCCAAGUGAGCUCCUCCGAUGACGUGCCUGGAGUCGGCUGCUAGCUGCAGUGUCACUGCAAUGGCUGAGGGGCGGCUGUUGGAUGCUCGCAGUGAGCUCAUUUUUCCCAGGAGGAAGGCGAGCAUCCAGAGCAUCGCCCGGCAACUGCAACCUGCUGGUGAAACCCCUCUCUAGCUCUUUGCCUCAGUUAGGCUGGCCUGAGUCUCCACUUUCAGGGAAAGAAAUUAUGGAGUUGGAAAGUUAAGUAGUAAUUUAGGCUUAUUCUUGAAUUGUUUAAAAUACAUUUAUGAACAUCAUUAGUGUCUUAGAAUGUCAUCUUUGUUUAUAUUGAUUACAUUUAAUUACUGAGUCAUUGAUUUCAAAUGAAAGGGCUGAAUCUUAAGGGUAAUUUGAUGUAUUCCGAUAAAAGGGAGGGAGAGCUAUGGAUAUUUUCAGGGGCAGAUGGUAAAAUGCAGGCUGCCCUAAGGGCCCCAUAUUGGACAAGUGGUAUCAUUUCUUUUAUCAAGAAACAGGGAGGGGGGGAUAAGGAAUUUUAAUUGCUUUGUUUGUUUUCUACUUUGAUUGAUUUGCUGUGUGAAAGAAGCCUGCUGUUUUAUAUGUUGUUGGUUUUUUCAUUGCUCGAAAAGCAGACUAAGCCAUUAGCAGAUAAUAUUUUUCGUGAAUGUAGGAGCCACUCCAGAUUUUCAGAUUUUUUCAGUGGCCUCCAGGUUGGCAUGGAUUUUGUUAUAUAUUUUCCAGAGGCUCCAACAGGUAGGCACAUCUAGUCCAAUCCCCUGUAAUGCAGUUUAUUUGUCCCACCUUUCCUCUCCAAUAGGCCCAAGUGCUCAUUUGAACCCAUGGGCCUUACCCUCUAGAGCAGCCUUUCUUGAAUUUGGAUCCCCAGAUGCUGUCUGACUACAACUCCCAUCAUCCCUAGCAAAAAGGACCAGCACUCAGGGAUGAUGAGAGUCAUUCUUCAACAACAUUAGAGGAUCAAAGAUUGAGAAAGACUGCUCUGGAGCAACAGAAAUCAAAUCUUGCUCCAUCCUCUACAUGACAGCCCUUGAAAUAUCUGAAGGUGGCAAUCGAUCACCUUUUAAUCAUCUCUUCUCUAAGGAAGAACACAGGAGUCUAGAGAUUUCAGCUGGGACAUGCAAUUAAACAGCACAGAAGGAAGCCGCAUCUCUCUGACCUAUUAAUGGAUCAUCAUGGCUGGAUAUAAUCUGACAUUCUGAAUGGCCUUUCCCGGCAUCCUUUAUGUUGCUAUGAAUUGAAGAGUGUUCCCUCUAUUAAAAAAAAAACCCUGAAGUGUAAUUAGUGGCCAUGAGAAAGGAAUCCGGUCACAUGCUGGUGUUUUGCUGACAGCUUGUGCAGCAGAGGGAUUUUCUUCCCAUCAGAAGGCAAGAUGAAUAAGAAAAUGUCGUGGAGCAGAAUCAAGGAAUAGGCGAGAGCAGGAGGUCCUCUCUGCUUGGGAUUCUGCCCCUCUUGCCACGCCGUCUCACGAUGUCAAAGAAGGGUGCCAGCUUUCGAGCUAAAGGAGAAAGACCGGAUGCCUUAGCUGCUUUGCAAGCUGCUAAUGAAGAGCUCAGGGCAAAACUAACAGAUAUUCAAAUAGAACUCCAGCAAGAAAAGAGUAAGGUCAGCAAAUUGGAGAGGGAGAAAAAUCAGGAAGUGAAGCUGAUCAAAGAACACGAACAGCACAAAAACACAGUGACUGUAACGGAGCUCAAGGCUAAACUUCAUGAAGAAAAAAUGAAGGAGCUCCAAGCUGUUCGCGAGGGACUUUUAAGACAGCAUGAAGCUGAGCUUCUUAGAGUCAUAAAAAUCAAAGAUAAUGAAAUUCAGAGACUUCAGGCCUUACUCAAUGUUGUCCGGGAUGGGACGCCUGAUAAGGUUAAGACGAUGCUCUUCUGCGAAGCAAAGGAGGAGGCCAAGAAGGGAUUUGAGGGUGAGAAAACCAAAAUGCAACAGGAAAUUUUGGAGCUUAAGGGGGCUAAAAAACAAGUGGAAGAAGCUUUAUCUGUGGUCGUGCAAGCUGACAAAAUCAAAGCAGCAGAGAUACGGAGUGUAUAUCACCUUCACCAAGAAGAGAUUACCAGGAUUAAGAGAGAGUGUGAGAGGGAAAUUCGCAGAUUGAUGGAGGAGAUCAAAUUUAAAGACAGAGCAGUCUACGUGCUGGAAAGAGAGUUAGGGGUUCAAGCCGGGCAUGCUCAGAGACUUCAGCUCCAAAAGGAGGCUUUAGAUGAACAACUUUCCCAGCUCAGAGAGGCUGACCGGCAUCUGAGCAGCCCCAAGCGGGAACUUCCUCAUGCAAGUGGUGCAGGAGAGACUUCAGAUCAUUCAGGAAGUCCUGAACAGCAGUUGGAUGAGAGGGACGCCCGGCGCUUCCAACUUAAAAUAGCCGAAUUAAGUGCAAUCAUCAGGAAACUGGAAGAUCGAAAUGCAUUACUGUCAGAGGAACGAAAUGAGCUUCUGAAGCGUCUGAGAGAAGCUGAGAGCCAGUAUAAACCACUGCUAGACAAAAAUAAACGCCUAAGUAGGAAAAAUGAGGAUUUGUCUCAUGCCUUACGUCGUAUGGAAAAUAAGCUAAAAUUUGUCACACAAGAAAAUUUAGAAAUGAGACAAAGGGUGAGAACAAUAAGGAGACCAAGCUCUUUAAACGACCUUGAUCAGAGUCAAGAUGAAAGAGAAGUCGAAUUUCUGAGGUUGCAAAUCAUAGAGCAGCAAAAUAUCAUAGAUGAACUUUCAAAGACACUAGAAACUGCUGGCUAUGUGAAGAGCGUAAUAGAGCGGGAUAAGCUUCUAAGGUAUAGGAAACAAAGGAAGAAAUUCGCAAAAUUUCCCAAGAAGCCAGUGGUGGAGACAUUUUUCGGGUAUGAUGAAGAAGCUUCCCUUGAGUCUGAUGGCUCUUCUAUCUCAUAUCAAACUGACCGAACAGAUCAAACACCCUGCACACCGGAUGAUGACUUGGAAGAGGGCAUGGCAAAAGAAGAAACAGAACUGAGAUUCCGGCAGCUGACGAUGGAAUACCAGGCCUUACAGAGGGCAUAUGCUCUGCUGCAAGAGCAGGUUGGAGGAACGUUGGAUGCAGAACGAGAAGUUAAGACUCGUGAGCAGCUUCAAGCAGAAAUCCACAGAUCCCAGGCUCAGAUAGAUGACCUAGAAAAGGCACUUGCAGAGCAAGGACAGGAUAUGAAGUGGAUUGAAGAAAAACAAGCAUUAUACCGAAGAAAUCAAGAGCUUGUAGAAAAGAUAAAACAGAUGGAGGUAGAAGAGGCUCGGUUAAAGCAUGAUGUUCAGGAUGCUAAAGAUCAAAACGAACUCUUGGAAUUUAGGAUAUUAGAACUGGAAGAGCGAGAGAGAAGAUCUCCAGCUAUCAAUUUUCAUCACAUUCCUUUUACUGAAGGGAAAAGCCCCCUCCAGGUCUACUGUGAGGCAGAAGGAGUAACAGACAUACUAGUAGCAGAGUUGAUGAAAAAAUUGGACAUUUUAGGGGAUAACGCCGUAAGUAACCUAACGAAUGACGAGCAAGUAGUUGUUAUACAAGCGCGGACAGUUUUGACACUGGCCGAAAAGUGGCUGCAGCAGAUAGAAGUAACAGAAUCAGCUCUACAGCAGAAGAUGAUAGAUCUAGAAAAUGAAAAGGAACUAUUUAGUAAACAAAAGGGAUAUUUGGAUGAUGAACUUGAUUACAGGAAGCAGUCCUUAGACCAAGCACAUAAGCACAUUUUAGAAUUGGAAGCCAUGCUUUACGAUGCCCUGCAGCAGGAAGCAGGAGCCAAAAUGUCCGAAAUCCUCUCAGAAGACGAAAGAGAGAAGCUGAAGAACGCUGUGGAACAAUGGAAGCGUCAGGUGAUGAGCGAGCUCCGUGAAAGGGACGCCCAGAUCCUCCGUGAACGAAUGGAGCACAUUCAGCAUGCGCAACAGAGAAUUAAAGAGCUAGAAGAAAGAAUUGAAGCUCAAAAAAGACAAAUAAAGGAAUUAGAAGAAAAGCUUUCAUUCUUUGGUCAUAGUACACCCACACAAUGGCAAGAGGUAAGUUCCUUGUUUUCCAGUUCUCUCUUUCUCCUCUGCUUCCUGCUACACUCUGGUUCUGUCGUCUCACAAAGCCGGUGUCAGAGACUGGGCAGAGGAGGAAUGGUAGAGACCGCCUCCCUAGACUGACCCUUCCAGAGAAGAAGAAGGCAGUUCAGAAUUACAACAGGGGUUUGAGGGAGAUCACAGCUCAGAGGCAGAUGAGGGGGAAAGCUGGGAAAUAAUGGGAGAGGAAGAAGACGCACCAGAGGGGAGAUAGCCGACAGACAUAAUAUCUUUAGAAAGCAUUCCAGAUCCCCCUCUUUCAGAACCCAGCAGGCAUUGAAAGUAGGAGAGCAGAAAGCUCAGAGGCAGAAGGCACAUUUUCAGGACACAUAAUGAUGUCACAUAAUAAGAAAGUGGGAGGGGGUGGCGACUCACUCGGAGCAAC